AUGGUCAAAAAAAGAGAAAUACCUGAAGAUGUCAAGUUACACUUUAAGGAUAAUAGAAAAGGCUAUUUUGUAUUCGAAGGCAAAAAGUAUGAUGUGCAAUUAGUUGAUUUGCCAACGAUUAUUGAAGCCCAAAAGACAUAUGAUAAAAAGCAAUUUUAUAAAGUAGCAGAUAUAUCCCAGAUGAUUAUAGUAGAUCCCGCGUCUGGUUCAGAACCUUUUAUACCUGAAAGAAACAACAAAUUAGAUACAGAUCCUUAUGCUUACCCGCAUGGUCUAACACCACCAUUGAAACAUGUUCGUAAAAGAAGAUUCAGAAAGAAACUAUCUAAAAGAGCAAUUGAAGAGGUAGAAAGAGAGGUAGAAAGAUUAUUAGAAAUAGAUGCUACAGCAGAAGAUGUUCAAUACGAGGUUGUGGAUGAUCGAGAAAUGGAAAUGGAAGCGAAUGAAUCGGAUGUUGGUAGUCAAAAUAUUGAUAUUGAAGAAAGUGGGGAUGAAAGUGAAAGUGAUGAGGAUUUGGCAGCGGCUAUUGAUCGUGACCUCGAAAUGAUGGAUGAGGAAGAAGACGAAGAGGAUGAAAAGGAAGACGAAGAGGAGGAGGAUGACGAAGAGGAGGAUGAGGACGAGUCAGAAGAUGAAGAUGAAGAGGACGCCGCGCAGACGGGUGAAAUUGAACAAAAACGUCAAGAAAUUGCAGAAAUCAAACAAGCAAUUCAGCGCAAACAGCGCGAUUUAUCCACAGCGCCGAAUGCUAUGCUUAAGAACCGAUUUGAGACCGAUAUCAAUAAUCUUAAGAAGGCACUGACCUUGAAGGAGGCACACCUUGCUGAAAUGAAUGAAAAAGAGCAAAAAGAAAAAGACAAACAGCUUUAAAAGUCAUUGAUUUGAUACCAAAGAAAUGAUGAAAGAUUCUA